UUUUCUCUAUCUCUCUCUCUCUUUCUUUGUGGCUCUCUCCCUCUUACCCCUUUCAGAGGGGAAAAAGAUUGUUGUUGAUAUGGGGAAUUGCUGGGUUCCUCAAGCUAAAGCUCAACCUCAGGUUAAUAACCGAAGCCCAAUCACAACCAGACCUUCUUCUACUUUUACAUCAACCAAUAACAGCGGCAACGAGAGUGGGUUUUCGGGCAGUACCGUUAAUCAGAGCCGAUUCUCUGCGUGCGGAAGCCUGGAUGAGUCGUUUCCCAAUGGUCACAUCUUGCCCACACCAAACACACCAAACUUAAGAGUUUUCAGCUUCUCUGAGCUCAAGUCUGCCACCAGAAACUUCAAACCUGAUUCGAUGCUUGGGGAGGGUGGUUUUGGAAGGGUCUUCAAGGGUUGGCUUGAUGAGAGGACUUAUACGCCUUCGAAGAUCGGUAGUGGAAUGGUAGUGGCAGUAAAGAAAUUGAAUCCAGAGAGCAUGCAAGGAUUAAAAGAAUGGCAGUCAGAGGUGGAUUUUUUGGGCGGUCUUUCUCAUCCUAACCUUGUAAAGCUCCUGGGUUACUGUGUGGAGGAUAAAGAACUCUUACUUGUUUAUGAGUUCAUGCAAAAAGGAAGCUUGGAGAACCACCUUUUCAGAAGGAGUUCGGCUGUCCAGCCACUUUCUUGGAGUAUAAGGCUUAGAAUAGCAAUAGGGGCUGCUCGAGGCCUGGCUUUCUUGCACGCUCCAGAGAGGCAAGUCAUUUAUAGAGACUUCAAGGCCUCCAAUAUUCUGCUUGAUGGGAAUUACGAUGCGAAAAUUUCAGAUUUUGGGUUGGCGAAACUUGGGCCCUCGGGAGGUGAAUCACAUGUGACAACUCGGAUUAUGGGCACCUAUGGCUAUGCUGCACCUGAGUAUGUUGCCACAGGCCAUCUUUAUGUUAAGAGUGACGUUUAUGGUUUCGGAGUGGUGCUACUUGAGAUGCUAACGGGGCUACGAGCACUUGACCCGAACCGUCCUAGUGGGCAGCAUAAUUUGAUUGAGUGGGCAAAGCCAAAUCUAUCCGACAGAAGAAAGUUAAAAACCAUAAUAGAUGCUCAGAUGGAAGACCAAUGUCCCAUGAAAGGUGCAUUACUAGCUGGGAAACUGAGUUUGAAUUGUCUUGAAAAUGAUCCUAGAAGUCGUCCAUCCAUGAAAGAAGUUGUGGAGAAAUUAGAACAGAUUGAAGCCAUUAAGGUGAAGCCCAAGCCAGAGUCCAAAACCAGCUCUAGACAUCCUACUACUGCUCAUCACCAUGCAGGUCAGCACCAGCAACAGCAGCAUCGUUCCCCGCUUCACCCGAAGCACGAUGGCGUUGGCAGAGGUGGUAUGCACGUGAGCACAAGAUGACUUCGUCUUCAACUGCCCAUGAAUGCUUUCGUCUGUGAAAUUGUUUCCUAAUAUUAGAAGGAUCCCAAUUUUUUUUUCUCAUAUCUUCUCUUUGAAGUUAGUACAUGGUCUUGUACUUUUGCCUUUAUGGUGGACUGUGGUACUCUGAUUGUAUGAGAUGUACUAUAAUAUUCCACAAAGGGAGAUUAUUUUUUGAACAUUUCUUUCUUGAUGAGGUGUUGGUUCCAAACAAUAACUUUCUGGA